GUGUGGUUGUCUAAGCAGUUUGAUAUGAAGGACUUAGGAGAAGCAGGACACAUUCUUGGUAUUAGGGUAGUACGAGACCGUAAGAAGAGAAUGUUGUGCUUAUCCCAGUCAUCAUACAUAGAUACUGUCUUAGCUAGGUUCAGCAUGCAGGAUUCCAAGAAAGGUACCUUGCCUUUCAGGAAAGGAAUCCCUCUCUCUAAGGAGAUGUCUUCUAAGACGCCUCAAGAGAUUGAGGACAUGAAGACACUUCCUUAUGCAUCGGCAGUAGGAAGUCUUAUGUAUGCUAUGCUUUGUACCAGGCCAGAUAUCAGCUACGUCGUUGGCUUAGUAGCCAGAUAUCAAAGUAAUCCGGGUAGGGAACAUUGGUCUGCGGUGAAGCAUAUACUCAAGUACUUGAGAAAGACUAAAGAGUACAUGUUAGUUUACCGUGCAGACAGCUUGCUACCUCUGGGUUAUAGUGAUUCAUUUUUCCAGUCAGAUAGGGACAAGAGUAA